AUGUCAACAAUUAAUGUAAACGUAAAGUCAUCCAGUGACAAAAAGUUCGUCAUUGCAAUUGAAACAUCAAAAACCGUACUUGAUCUGAAAAAUGCCAUUGCGGAACAAACCGAAGUGCCUGCAGACCGACAACGUUUAAUCUAUUCUGGACGAGUACUUAAAGAUCAUGAUACCCUGGCAGACUACAAGAUUGCUGAUGGUACCACCGCCACUGCAAGCACCGCAACCCCACAAUCAACAUCGACGACGACUCCCUCUUCUACAACAACAACCACUACUACUACCACUGCUCAACAAGAUUCGACUCUACAACAACAACAACAACAACAGCAACAACAACCAUUAGCAGGCAAUCCCUUUGCAGCUUUAGGUGGUGGUGCUGCAAAUCCAUUCGGUAUGCUUGGCACUGGAUUUGGUGCAGGCGCUAUGGGCAAUAGCUUCGGCUCGCCAGAUCCAAACAUGAUGAAUGCUAUGCUUCAAGAUCCAAUGUUUGCUCAAUACAUGUCAUCGGUUUUGCAAAACCCUUCUGUGCUUGACUCGAUCAUCACCAGCAACCCACACUUGUCGUCGAUGGGUCCAGAAAUUCGCAACAUGAUGCAGUCGCCUGAAUUUAGACAAAUGCUCGGCAAUCCUCAAAUGAUUCAACAAAUGGCACAAAUGGCCUCGGCUAUGCAAGGUAUGGGAGGAGCAGGAGCAGCAGCAUUCGGUGCCGGUGGUGCUGGUGCUGGUGCUGGUGCUGGCGGUGCUCCUGCUGUAGAUCCACAACUGCAACAACGCAUGGCUGCUCUGUUUGGCGGUAUGGGUGGCAUGGGCGGCAUGGGCGGCAUGGGCGGUAUGGGCGGUAUGGGCGGUGGCUCACCAGCUCCACCUGCCGAUAGUCGACCACCUGAAGAACGAUUCCAGGUUCAGCUUCAGCAAUUGAACGAAAUGGGAUUUUACGAUGCAAGCAAGAACAUCCGGGCACUGUUGGCAACAGGAGGAAACGUCAAUGCAGCCAUCGAAAUGCUUUUCAGUGGAACCAUGUAG